AUGACCCAGGCCCCUCCGCAGGCGCCACAGAAGACGACGCGGGAGCAGGACGAAGACGACGAGGAGGACGAAGAAGAAGACGACCACGAGGCCGCCAUCGACGGCCGCGGCCGGCAGGUGAUGGGGGUGGAGGGAGCGGAGGCGCCCGGCAGUAGCGGCCGCGGGCGCAAGCGACAGCGCAAGACAGCGGAGCAGGUGUCGGUGCUCGAGGCGCACUUUUCGGCCAACCCGCUCCCCGACAAGGCCCUCCGCGAUCGCUUGGGCGUGCAGCUGGGCCUCACCACCCGCCAGGUCCAGAUCUGGUUCCAGAACAAGCGGGCCAAGGCCAAGCAGGAUCAGCAGCAACCACUGCAGCCACCGCUCCAGCCGACGGGUCCUGCCGCCCUCCUCCCCGCGAAGAGCGCCGUGCAGGUGGUCGCCGGGGCAGCUGCGGGGGUUGGCGUCUCUUCCCCCGGCAAGCGGAAGCGUUCAGAUCUCACCGCCGCCGCUGUAGCUGCCACCACGACUGCCUCUCCGUCGGCGGCGCCAAAGGCUGGUGGUGCGGCCGUCGUAGCACCUGCUGCCGGCCCCAACGCGCCGCUUCCGGGAGCUGCUUCGCCGGCUGCUAUCUCUCCUCGCCCCCUCCUCUUCCCUCACUCCGGCACCACCACCACGCCCAACGGCCCGCAGGCAGGCGAGCAGCACGUCACGUGCCCACUACACUCGCAGCAGCAGCGGCAGCAGCUCCAGCACCACUCUAACCACCUCCAGCACCACCCGCAUCCGCACCCGCGCGUCCAGCACCAGCAGCCAUCGCCACAGCCUCACGUGGCCCUCUCACCGAUGGAGGUCUCCUAUCCCCGCCAGCACCAGCCGCACCCCUGCGUCCAGAUCCCGGGCCAGCAGCCAGCGCACCACCACCACCACCAGCAGCAGCAGCCGGCCAUGAGGGGCGUGGGCUCCGCCGCGACUCCCACGUCCCAACACCACACGUUGCAGCAGCAGCAGCAGCAGCAGCAGGACGCCCUCUUCUUGAGCGACACCGAGCAGCGAUUAGAGGACAAGAGCCCCAGCCAACUGUGCCUCGAGUUUGAACUGCAGAGCCUCCUCCUCGAGUACCUGGAGAAGGACAUGGUCAACUAG